AUGGCUUGGCCGACACUGGAGCAGCUCUACAUCUUUCUGGUGGAGUUUGAGGCCGUUCUCUGCAUUUGCGCAUGGAUCUACAUAUUCUUUGUGUUCAUGCCGUUCGUUUGGAAAUCCAAGCUGUUCCAUGUCAAUUAUAAAAUAUUGUUGGUAAGUCGAUUUUUGAGGGGGCUUAUUUAGAGCAAAAUUACAGUUUUUAAAAUUGAAAAAAGAGCAAGUUUAGUAAUAAGGGGAAGCGCUUCAAAAAUCAAUUUUUUCGUAUAACAAGGGCUCGGCAAAACCUCGUCCCGUGGUUUCUUCUUGAAACAUAUACCAUUUGAAAGAGCGCAAAAAACUGGUCUAGGAUCACUUUCAAUUAGCUGCUAAGAUUCACUUACGUGCUAGCUAGCGAACUUUUUUUAGUUCUAAGCCAGUCUCACCCUUCUUUCAAGGAAACAAAAGGAAUCGAUUUCAAAAGCACGGCGAAGCAGUGGUUCGGUGGCCUAGUGGGGUAAGGCGCUCUACAAGGAGGGCCUGCGGGCCAGGUUCGAAUCCUCUUUUGAAUUUUUGGAUUUUUUUGGCUAUUAUGGAAUGAAGAAGGCUAGCAUGUAGUCUUUGAUUUUAAUUUGAUUUUUGGGGUACCCUAGAUUUUUUUUACUAGAAAAAUCGACAGGUUUUUAAAUUUUUUGUGAUAUAGGUGUCUUUGACCCUGCAGUCGGUAUCCAAGAUGGUUGAAACUUUCAACGGCUUUAAUAUUUUUUGCCAGGAAUGCCCAUGUACGGACAGUACGUGAAAAACGAGCCUGAAAACGGUAUACAUGUUUGAAACCUCCUAGUAUGUCUCGGGUGACAAGACCUAAAACAUCGCCUAAUCACUCGUUGAGGGCAUCGACCUGAGAGUUUCAAGCUCGGAAAAAACUUUAUGUUUUUUGAUCUUGAUUGAAGCCUCCAAUUUCAUAGGUGACUAAUAUUUGUAUGAAAAGUGAUUAUUCGAUCUCGUUGGCAUCUCAGAAGAAAAGGUUCCCAAAGUCUAAUUGGGAAUUUUUAAAAAAAGUUCGCUAGCUAGCACGUAAGUGAAUCUUAGCAGCUAAUUGAAGGUGAUCCUAGACCAGUUUUCUGCGCUCUUUCAAGUGGUAUAUGUUUCAAGAAGAAACCAGGGGACGAGGUUUUGCCGAGCCUUUGUAAGGAAAAUAAAUGAGAAUGUUUAAACUUGCUUAUUUCUACCGAGCAGAGAAAUUUUUCUACAAAAAAUUUUAUUUUUUGAUAAAAAAUUUCGUCAGGAAAGAUCGUUGAACAUCUGCCACGAAAUUUGGUAACGUUUGAGCUAAAAGUUCCAGAAUUUGGUGUGUAGUAAUGAUCAAAUUUCUUCACCAAGGCUUCAAAUGUCUCGAAGAAAAUGCAACUACAGUGACGGACCUGAUCAAGCGGCAAAAAACGUAUCAUUUUGCAUCCGGGAAGUAUCAAAGGACGUUGCAAAAUACCUCCCUCUCAAGGUGAAAAAACUCCGGUUUAGAAAGCGGGUCCCUCUUUUUGUGAGGGGAAGGGCGCGCGGGCCCUUUAAAACAGAAUUUUUUUUAGUUGGAGGGAGGCAUUUUGCUACGUUUUUUCAUACUUCUGAGAUGCAAAAUAUAUAUAGUUCGUCGGUAAAGUUGGGAUUUUUGGCGCUUGCACUGUGCUAAAAAAACCAGGGUGCGAGCGACAGCCCAAAAAGGGAAUGUAUUCAUAAAUUGCACAGUGCAAAAUAAACAUUAGUUUUCGCCCAGUGCAUGUCGCAAAAAUCACUCCAGCGACUUGCCGAACCCUCUAACAUGUAUACAACCCCAAUUUCCAGACGAUCCUUGGCGUUCAGCUCAACAUCGACGACACUUUUCGUCUACUCUACCUCUUCGUGUACCUCAAAAUCCAGAACGGAUUGAUCAUCUACGAUCCGGCGCUGGACGUGGGCUAUGGGCUUCCAAUGUGGGUGAAAUCCAUUCACAUCAGCGGGCUGGACAUGGCCGUGCUGACGGGAGUUGUCUUGGGACUAGAGCGAAUCGUUGCGACCUACUUUGCGGACCGCAACUACUCCGCGCAGAAGCCGACCUUCGGAAUUCUGCUUGCUGUUUUCGACGUUGUCGCCGCCAAUGGGCAUAGCUACUUUUUGGCAUGGUAUCAGUAUCAUACGAUUUCGAAGGAAUGCCGGAUCCGGCCGCUGAUGGAGGCCGAUGCCUCGGAAUUUCGAUUUGGUUUCCAAAAGGGAAUCAUCUGUUGUAUUAUGGGAUGCAUUGUAAGUGGAAGCUUUAUUACUUGUUUCUUUAUCAGUUUGUCGGGAAAAUAAUGAGCACUCUGUCGCAGGGAGAAUCGCAUCGCGAUUUUCUUAACGGUAGCGAGCAUUCUGGUGACAAAAUUUAUAUAUUCUGAAAGGAAAUUGGUUACUCUUUUUGCCGGUAUAUCUUCUGGUUAGCCGUACACGUACAAAAACGUGAUAACCACUUUUUAUUUUUUCAUUUUUUGGACACCGAUCGGCGGCGAAAAAAGUUUGGAAUGUCGCGGCAAAAUCAAAUUGCUUUUCACUUCAGCAAGGGGCAAUUGGCGCAGCGAUAUUGCGCUUAUUAUUUUCCCGACAGACUGAUUAACAGUUUAACGGUUUUUUUACCGUAGAAUUUUAAAGUUCCUACAAAAACUCAAUUUUUUCUAUUCGAAACUAGCGAAGAUACCGCCAAAAAGUCUUUCUAUCUCUAACCACUCUCCGCAUUUCGCAUACUCUUUCGGCGGCAAAGAAUGAGUUUUUCAGAUGCCUGGGGCCAAUACGCCAACCGAAAGUUAGCUGAAAAUGAUAGGGCGCAGCUCGGAAAAUAGCCAAAUCAUUGAGUGGGCUCAGCGAGCAGCUCGGGCGCAGCUCGAAACCAAGCUGAGACAUAGCUUCGACGAACUCCGCAAGUUUAUUUUACGAGCUGCGCCCUAGCCUUUUCAGCAAACUUUUAGGUAGCGCACUGGUCCUGUAAUAAUUAAUACUACAGUAGUCGAACAAUAGCCAAGAUACGAAACAAUUUUUUUUGCGUUUUCAGGCUUUCGCCGGGAUUUAUGUCUGGGGAAAGCGCCGCGUCCACCACAACUACACCUACACAUUGGACGUGAAAUUCCAAAUCAACCACAACAUGUCCACCGUUCGCACACUGUACAUCGUAAUGGCGGGUUAUUUGGUGUGUGUGGGACUGGGCCAGGUCUGGUUUAUUGUGUGGUCGCCCUACACCAACACCAGGUCCUGUACGGAUGCGGAUUACCAGCUGAUCGUGUUGUUUGGACACUACUGGAUCAACCUUUACUACUACUUUUAUAUCUACGGAAUUGUGAAUUGGAGCAGUCAGAAGACGCGCCGCGGCCGACGCGUUCUCCCAAUCAGCGAGGCGGACCAUUUGAAGGCAAUUCAAAGCACUUGGCAGCUGGAGCCGGCGUCCACGAAGAAAGGGUUCGCAUUGAGAGAACUGGUCAAGGAGGUGGUCAAAUCUUUGAGCGAACUUUUUAUUUGA